AUGGAUGGCUUUGAGUACUCGUCCAAUGAAGUGAGAAAAAUCGUAAGUGCAAAUUUGGACAACUCUACUAGACUUGUUGGCACUAGCCUUGCCAUCAUAAGUAUGAUCGAUGGAUAUACGACCCCACAUGAAAAACCCUCAUCCGUCCCUACAAUCGACCACGCUACAAGUAAACCUAGUGGUGAUUGGGAGCCCAUUUGGCUGUCUUCUGAGGACAAGAUGCUCCUACAUGGUAUGAAGCGAGCGAUAAUGCCUGACGUUGUUGUCGCUGCAGACGGCUCAAGUGACUACGACACGAUAAACGAAGCCAUCGAAGCCGUGCCUGAAAACAGUGAUCGGAGAUUUAUUAUCUAUGUCAAGGAAGGAGUGUACCAUGAAAAUGUGAGGAUUGGGAGGGACAAAUGGAAUGUGAUGAUGUAUGGUGAUGGAAUGGAGAGGACCAUUGUUUCCAGCAACCUCAGCAAUGGUACAGGAACACCCACCUCAAUGUCUGCUACCUUUGCGGCCAUAGGCAAGGGAUUCCUUGCCAGGGACAUGGGGUUCCAAAACACGGCGGGUGCAAUCAAUCACCAAGCCGUGGCCUUACUCUCAGCUUCCGACAAAUCAGUUUUUCAUUGGUGUCUCAUCGAUGCCUACCAAGACACCCUCUACGCACAAUCCAAUCGACAAUUCUACCGAGGAUGCAAAAUCUAUGGAACAAUAGACUUCAUCUUCGGAGACUCAUCCGUCGUGAUCCAGGACUGCGACAUACUCGUGAAAAGGCCACUGCCCUACCAGAAAAACACCAUAACCGCACAAGGUAAAUCAAACCCUUUCUCCAACACGGGCAUAUCGAUACAAAAAUGUUGUGUCACGGCUGCUGAGGAUCUUGGCGACAUUAAAACAUUUCUAGGGCGGCCGUGGCAGGACUACUCCACCACCAUUAUCAUGGAGAGCCAAUUGGAGAGGUUGAUUGAUCCCAAGGGCUGGCUGCCCUGGUCUAACAGCACUACCGCUCCCGACACUAUAUACUACGUCGAAUACAACAAUACUGGUCCUGGUGCCAACACAACGAAUAGGGUUGAAUGGAAAGGCUUGAAAGUUAACGAUACGGAAGAUGAUGCAAGAAAGUUCACCGUUAGAUCGUUUAUUAAUGGAGACGAAUGGAUCCCGUGUAUGGGUGUUCCCUUCCAGGCGGACUUGUGA